UUCGUCGGAAUAACGAUAUUCCGACGAAAUUCCGACGAUUUUUUCCCUCAGAAUCCUUGAUGUUUUCUUGUAGUGAUGUAUCAUACUGCACAAUAUGAUAGUAGAAAAUGAACGCAAUGAAUACACUCAGUGUGAUAUAUCAGAGUUUGAAGAAAGAGACUCGAGUAGAAGUUUAGAGGUGGAUAUGUCAUAUACUCGCAAGCCUUCAAAUCUCCGUACUAUGCUUGAAAUACGUAGUCAAGUUCGUGACCCACAUACACAUAAACAAUUGAAAUAUAAUUUCAUUCAAAAUAUUUGGAACAAGUUUGGUAAUGAUGGAAAUGUUUAAUUGUUGUAUGUUUACAUUUUGUCAUUCAAUAAAUAAAAAUUUUAAAUUUUAUUGUUUUACAAAUUUAUUAAUUUUUUCCUAAGGAUUCCAUAACGGAUAACACCAUUGGAGCAACAUUUGUGAUUAGAGUCCUUAACUAUUCAAAAAAUAAUAAUAAUAAUAAUAAUUAACUAUUGUUAAGGAUUCCAAUGGUGGGUAAGAGCACCCACAAUGGUGUUACCCAAAGAGGAGUUCUUAGAAAAAGUGUAUUUUGAUUUUUUAAGUAUUAUUAUUAUUUUUUUCAGAUAAAAAUAAUAUAUAUCAACCAAUCGCGGGUCGCCAAUCGUGGGGACCCGCAAAUAGUAUAAGGAUUCAUUAAGAAAGAGUCCUUAUUUAAGAAUUUUAAAGAUUGAAUCAUUGGUUUUUGGUGAGAUCCAAUGAUUAUUUAAUUAUUUUUUUCCUAAGUACUCCUGCUUAAGUACUCUAGUUGCGGAUGCUCUAACACUGCUCUAAUACACUUAGGGUUUUGUGGUUUUUUCUUGUCUCAGAGAUUGAUCUGGAGAUGUCUUCCCCGACCAAGCCAGAGCCGACGUGUCUGAUCAUGUCACUCCCAGACGAAGUUGUAGUUGACAUCAUAGCGCGUGUCUCCACACGCUUUCAUCCGUCCAUCUCUGCCGUCUGCAGGCGUUUCAGAUCACUUGUUGCGUCGCCUGAACUUUACAAGGCGAGAAGAUCCUUGUUGGGCUGCAAUGAACAUCGCCUAUAUGUUAUUCUCCAGAGCUUCGGUGAGAAUUCCGAACCCCGUGUAUAUAAUCUCCGCCGAAAACCCGACGGGGGUCGCCGCUUGGUCCUUAUCUCGUCGCUUCCUGCUAUGCCUCAUGAAGCAAGCUAUGUAGCGGUGGGUUCAAGGAUACAUGUGUUUGGUGGGUUUAGGCUUUAUGACCGCAAAGAACCGCGUGCGUUAACCAUAGACUGCAGAUAUCACACGAUGCAGCCAUUACCAACCAUGCCUAAACGCAUGAUUGGCACUCCUCUCUCUCACGUGAUGGAAGGGAAGAUCUACGUGUUUGGAUAUACUAAUUAUUACAACAAGGUCACGGCUGUGUUCAAUACGUUGACACAAACGUGGGAGCCUGAGAUGACAAAGCCACGCAUCGAACUACGCCAUGUGUUGAAUGGACCGGAUGGUUAUGUUAAUAGCAUUGUUUACGAUGGUACCAAGGAAACUAAAUGGGAAACGGAGUGGAUGCUGAAGUUCAACAAGUGGAAGAGCGUGUGUGUCAGUGAUGAUGUGUUCUACUCCUAUGAUUGUCUUUACAACAAGUUAAAAGCCUAUGACACAAAACUUAGGUGUUGGAGUGAGGUGAAAGGUGUUAAAACAUUGUUGCCCGGUAAGCAAAGUUUAGUUUGGUGGUCACGCGUUGUGAAUUACGGUGGGAACUUGAUUUUCUUGUAUCAGAAAAGGAUUUGUAGAAUAGAAGAGCUUUGGUGUGUGGAGAUUGCAUUGGAAAGACGUCAAGAUGGUGAGAUUUGGGGUAAAGUCGAGUGGUCCGAUGUUGUAAUUGUCGGUGAUUUUUGCUUAAUAGAAUCUCUAGUUGCUACGUUUUGAUGCAUGUUCUCUAGAUGCUAUGUUUUGAUGCAUGAAGACUGCUUUUUUUUUUUUUUAGUUUGGGUAUUUUAAAGUGUAAUUCAUGGAAGCAUGAUCUCAUAUAUGUUUAGCCACACAAUUUUAGUGUUGUAGUCCAUAUACGAGUAGUCCACGCCCAGUGUGGUU